AUGACUUAUUCUCAAUCACAUCCAGUUCAAUUGCACCCACAAUUCAAGACUAAAUCAGGUCAACCUCUUUCAAUGGGUACCGGAACAGGUACAAAAUGGAAAAAGGACCAGGACAAGAGCGAUAUCAACGAGGAACUUGUUGAACAGCUUCUCUUAUCAUUGAAAUUGGGCUAUAGACACAUUGACACUGCUGAAGUAUACAACACCCACAAGGAAGUUGGCGAGGCCCUCAAGAGAACUGAUAUUCCAAGAGAAGACUUGUGGAUUACCACAAAGUAUAAUGGUGGCUGGGGCCAACACAAAGGCAGCGAGUCUCCUGAGAAAUCAAUUGAGCUGGCAUUGAAAGAUUUAGGAGUAGAAUAUAUCGACUUGUUUUUGAUUCAUUCACCAUUCUUCAGUACUGAUGUUUCUAAUGGAUAUACUUUGGAAGAUGUAUGGAAAGUUCUUAUUGAAGCCAAGAAACAGGGCAAAGUAAGGGAAAUUGGUAUCUCAAAUGCAGCAAAAGUCCAUUUGGAACGCUUGUACAAGGUAUCGCCAAGCCCAGAGUUUUACCCCGUGGUCAACCAGAUUGAAUUCCACGCUUUUUUGCAAAACCAGUCAACUGAUAUUGUCAAGUACUCUCAAGAACAGGGUAUUUUAGUCGAAGCAUUCUCUCCCUUGGCACCAUUGGCUAGAGUCAAAGAUGGCGCAUUGGGUGGCUUAUUAAAAGAACUUUCUAGCAAAUAUAGCAAGACUGAUGCUCAAUUAUUGUUGAGGUAUGUUUUGCAAAAGGGAGUCUUACCCAUAACUACCUCCUCCAAGGAAAGUAGAAUUAAGGAGUCACUUGACUUGUUUGACUUUGAAUUGACCGCGGAAGAAGUUCAGGAAAUCGACAAAAUUGGCAAAGAGAAUCCAUAUAGAGCUUUUUUCCACGAACAGUUUAAAGAUUUAUAG